AUGGCGGAGUUUGUUCGGGCUCAAAUAUUUGGUACCACCUUCGAGAUCACAUCGAGGUACUCGGAUCUCCAACCGGUUGGCAUGGGCGCUUUCGGUCUAGUAUGCUCGGCACGAGAUCAGCUCACCAAUCAGAAUGUGGCCGUCAAGAAGAUCAUGAAGCCUUUCAGCACACCCGUCCUGGCCAAGAGGACCUAUCGCGAGCUCAAGCUUCUGAAGCAUCUAAGACACGAGAAUGUCAUUUCCCUAAGCGACAUCUUCAUUUCACCCCUCGAGGAUAUUUACUUCGUUACCGAGCUCCUGGGCACUGAUCUCCAUCGGCUCCUCACUUCAAGGCCCCUUGAGAAGCAGUUCAUCCAGUAUUUCUUGUACCAAAUCAUGCGCGGCCUGAAAUACGUACAUUCCGCUGGCGUGGUCCACCGAGAUCUGAAGCCCAGCAACAUUCUAGUGAACGAGAACUGCGAUCUCAAGAUUUGCGAUUUUGGUCUUGCCAGACUUCAAGAUCCUCAGAUGACCGGCUACGUUUCUACGAGAUACUACCGCGCUCCGGAGAUUAUGCUCACCUGGCAAAAGUACAACGUCGAAGUCGAUAUCUGGAGUGCCGGGUGCAUUUUCGCGGAGAUGAUUGAUGGCAAGCCCUUGUUCCCCGGAAAGGAUCACGUCAACCAAUUCUCCAUCAUCACUGAGCUUCUUGGCACCCCUCCCGAUGAUGUUAUCAACACUAUCGCGAGCGAAAACACACUACGAUUUGUCAAGUCGCUACCCCAGAGGGAACGUCAGCCUUUGAAGGCCAGAUUUAGGAAUGCCGAGCCUGCAGCCAUCGAUCUUCUGGAGAGGAUGCUUGUAUUUGACCCAGCCAAGAGAAUAACGGCUGCUGAUGCCCUUGCUCACGAAUACCUCGCGCCGUAUCACGAUCCCACGGAUGAGCCAGUUGCGGAUGAGAAGUUCGACUGGAGCUUCAACGAUGCCGACCUUCCUGUCGACACGUGGAAGAUCAUGAUGUACUCUGAAAUCCUUGAUUAUCACAAUGUCGAGCCCGUGGUGCCUCCCAUGGAGGAUGCUUUGCUCCAAUAA